AUGGCUUUCCUUUCCCUUCUACUGUCCUUUCUCUUCGUACCAUCUGCCACGGCAUUGUUUGGCGCCAGCAACGAUACUGAUUUCUGUGACGACUUCGCAAACAACUUCGCUACCGAUCUUGCGCCAAUCAUCGCUCUCUUCGGUGAGCGAGUCACUAAACAAUUUCUCAGUCAAUCGACCACAAUCCUCGACGUCGUCAUUUUCUCUGUUGCACCGCUCGGAAUCAUCACAGCCGUCGUCUCGUGCAUUCGAGUCUCAAAUGUCGCCUUCCUCAAAUCCGCUGUCGGGCGCGCCCGUGAGCCUCACGGCAUACCUGAGGUUGAGCUAUGCACCUCUACUAGCGAGAACGUCUGUGAGCUCUGGUCAAAUGGGGGCAUAUGCCGAGUCUUUGGCCGGUCAAGGAUCCUCGAGUUCAUACACAAAAGGCCCACCGACUCAAAAGCCUAUCGUGCGGAAUACGACGACAAGGGCAUGGACGUACCAGGAAAGUGCAGUAUUGAAUCGACUCUGGAGAUCUUCAAUAGUGGAGGUCGUGGUAAAGAGCAAGCCCAGUGGAAAGAGACCUCUUCCUACAAUUUCAUGCUUUGCAAAUGGUUAUCCGGGAAGGAAGCAAGCAUCAAACCUCCCAAGCUUGACAAACAAUCUGAAGGCAAGCCAGACAUCGAAGAAGCGCUUUCGGGCAUCACAAAUCACCACAUCCAACGCAAUUUAUCGAUAGUAAACAGGCAGUCGAAGUCGAGUCCGAUAGAUCCAGAAGACCAGAAAGGAUGGCAGCAGAAAGACGACAUACAAGGUGGCGGACCAAACAAGUUCGCGCCUUUUCCAAACUUGGCUCUAAACAUCGGCGUCCCCAGGUCAUCAAAAGAAUUCGGCAGUCUGUGGUUUGCAGCCAUAAUCGGGAUCCUCUUGCAGGCAAGCUUCUUCGUCUUCGCGACUUGGGCGACACGAUACAACACGGGUUUCUACGAGGAUGGCAAGGUUCCAAGUGACCCGACUUGGUUUGUUCUUACUGUUACAGGCACUGCCUGUAUAGUCAUUGGCAUGGCGCUUUGUGCGCAAGUGAUUGAUGGGGUGUCCACAGAGCGUAGGUUCGUUCACGCUGGCGCUGAAAGGCCAAGAAUCUACUGGUUACAACCUGCUGGGCAGCGUAAUGGUGACCAAGUGUUCGAUGGAUUCACUUAUAGCGAAGCAAAGUCGGAAUACAUCACAUCCUGGAAAGCGACACAGGCCACGGUGGUUAAGUCAUGGCGCGUCUGGCUAGCCAUCACUCUCAGCAUACUGGGCUGGGUGAUACAGUUUAUCGGUCUGCGAGGUGUUCAUAGCAGUGUUGCUCUCUAUCAGCUCGCCAUUACGCUUUUUAUGUCAGCCAUCAGGUCCAUCCUCCGCAGUUACCAUACUCCACCCAACAACCACCUGUCGAGAAUCCUUCUUUCCAUCGAUGAUCAAAAGACACCCAAUACCCUUCCAGAUGUUUAUGACGACCCGUUUCACUACACAAUCCACUGGCAGUCACCUCAGAACAAUCUAAUUCUUGGGAAUGAUUAUGGUAAGAGAAUACACGGCCCUACCCCGAGAAUCAUAGAAUGGAUGGCGAGUAGAAGCCUGCAAUACUGGCAGGAAGCCACCACAUCAGAGGUUUUCCAAGCCCUUGAUAAUAUUUUGGAAUCCGGAAUACCGUACUACUCAGAGCCUUUCCCCCAGCAUGCAGUUAAGAUGGUUCGUAUCCGAUCUCGAUUGGCAUUUCUGACGAAUCAACCACAUUAUCAAACAUGGGAUAGCGAGGUUCGAGACAUGUCCAGGACAUUGAAAAGCACCCUGGAACGAACUUCUAGGAUCCUGGCGACAGAGGGAGUCUUCAAUUCAGAAACACGAGUUUUUGACUCUAUAGUCUGGUCAGUUGGCUGUCAGUUGAACCACAGUUGGGGCUAUGGCAGCAAAGAUAUUGGGCUUCAGCAGCCACUUUGUUUUCAUUUGUACCGUAUUGGCGAUGUCUGGAACAUCGAUCAAUACCAACUCGAGGCUGUUCUCGGGCUUUGGUUAUGGGCUUAUGACGAACGUCACUCUCAGACGGAGAGGUUGCAGCCAGGCUCCAAGUCGUGUCUUGCCUCUCCUGGGGCGCAACGCACCACGAGGCUUCUCCUCCUGCGUUGGGGAGUGCGGCCCCGUGAAGUAACUAGUCCUAUUGCGCACGAAGCAGGAAUAAUUUCUGUCGCUUCGGCAGCGUCGAUGCUUAACUUGAUGGCACAAGAAGUUUUCACUCUUUUUCUCAAAAGGAUAGCCUUGACAUUCGAUAAAGAAGCACUCCUAGACACUCUAUAUCCCGAUCUGGACGGCCCCCGAGGCACGCGACGAUCUUUCGUCGAGGAUAUAUCACAGGUGCUAGUCGCCGAGGGGUUAGCUACGUACGAGGAAGCAAUCAUGUCUAUCGUACCAGCUUUUUAUCGCGAUUCAGCGUUCCGAAAGUCUGGCUUACCACUGGAACUUCGGUUGAUCUUGAAGGCGAACUCUUUGAAACGUCAAAUCAGAUUUGACGAGAGUGAAGAGGCACUCCAAAGCCUCAUGGACUUUGAAGUAGGUGGCCAUAGCAAGGACCUUGCACAGCAGAGCUUUUUGGAGCUUUAUCGCUUUCAGUUGCGGCACAUGGCAAGCAAUCCGAGAGUCUAUGUGUUCUCGGAACUACAGCUAAAAGCCGCAAGAUUGCGAAGACGUUUAGAUAUCCAGCCACUUUACAUGCGCAGAAGUGCGUACCUUACAGUUGCAGAAUUCAUUCUUGCCGAGGCGAGUGCUGCUAAUGCUCGCCAAUUCAAUUCUCGCAGAACUCAAUCUUCUGGCAACUCGCAAAAGCGGCCGCUAGACGAAGAGAACUUGUCUAAACUCAAGUUAAAUACACCUGGCAGCUUGGAUUCCACCAUUCCUAUAUACGCGCUGGCUUUGACCCUGAGAGACAAAUAUGAUCUUGAGACAACUGACUGGCGCAUUCGCAAGGCUCUCCUAUGUUGGGCUAUUGUCAACGGUUGCACCGGUCUAGCUGAGGACUUGUGGGAUUUGGAGCAGUGGCUUGGUCCUGCUGAUAGCGCCUUCAGUGGAGGAUCCGAUGAACUUUUGUACGCCAUCGUUUCUCCGAAGUCCAUAGCAGACACCAUGAGCAUGCUUUUGUUCUUGCUCCAUGUGACACGAGUCCCUACUUCGGGGUUCAGUGACGGUCUGGUUUACGUACGAAUAUUGGCUGCGUCGGCAGUUUGGAGCGAUGAGUAUUUACAAGAGGCUGUCCGUGCCGCCGACGAGUCUGAGAACUCGGAGAUUGCCAACUACCUGCGUUGCAAGAUCGGAGCAUGCGAACAUUAUCGUCGAAAGAAUGCAAUCGCCUACGCCUUACGUGAUCCUUGCCAAUGGGAUGAUACUGGAAAGACCAAGACCUUUUUCGCCGCUGUUAAGAUGCGACAGAUGCUCCCAGAAAGACAACCCAAGUCCCGGAAGAAGAACCCGAACACCUUCCCUAUUAAGGCGGCAAAAUUCGAGCAUAGAGGGGCACGCAUCCACACUCUCCUUGGGGCCUGCAGAAAGCCUGAAGAGAUGCUGAAGCCUGUUAACGGUCGUACCAUCGUCUUCACCACCUACCCAAACCUGUCUAAAUGGUGGAUGCGGAAGAGGGAAGAGCCUUUCAACUUCAAGAAAGACUCUGACACGUCUUCCAAGAAGAAAAAGGCUACUACUGACGAUGAGCCAAAACGUCUUAAGAGAUAUUUCGCCAGUUCUCUUGAACUUGAUGGUAUUGGGAAGCUUCCAAAGGGCCAUCGGGGCGGCGCAGAUGCCGUCUUACUCGCUCCGCGAUCUCCUCAGUCCUCUAACCCUGGUCGCGUACGCCAACAGGCUAUUCAUGAUUUGAAGAGCCUCGGCAGCGACGUGGUAGGGUAUGUUCCUGGUCCUUACGGUGGGAAGUACGACGCCUACCAGCUCAACAAUGAGAUCAUCGACGAAUCUGAACAGACGCUUGUUAUGCUUCCCACGGAGAUUGUCGUGGAAGUGUGUCCCUACGACGAGGAUGACCCUGAUUUUGAGCUGCAAGCCAAGGACCACAGUUCCGAAGCAACAAUGAACUUUGGCGAACAUCGUGCCGGAGUUAUCACUGGAUGCAACCCAAGAACCGUGAAGAUGCUAAACCCCAAGACGCUAACUUUCUACGGUAAGAAGAAGGGUAUGAUGAAUCGCAUCGCAAACCUAGUGGAUGAACUUCCCAUGACACCAACACGGACUAGGCACGCGAAGAAGAUUGCUUCUGGUGAUGAAAUAGUCGGUCUGGGCGUCGAACACAUCGACAUGUUGCUGAAGGAGUCCCACAAUAGUGGUCUUGGUUACAUCUUGCAAACCUGCAAGCAAGACCCUCAUCUGGGCCCGCCUACUGACAGGACAGCUUUUGUCCGGCUCGCAGCCAGGACACCGACUUUCAUUCGCGCCAUGGAGCAUUUCGAUGAGUUCAUCCGAGGACAGAAUUUGCGUGUCAUCCUAGCCGUGGAGACCCUUUGGGAGAGGAAUAUUCAAUGA